GCGAAUCUGUCAAAUUACAAAACUUUCGAGCAGUCUUGGGUUGUGUAAUUAACUAACGGAUGUUUGUUGACGCGAAUUGAAACAAAAGUAUUUAAUAAUAUAAUAUACAACAUAAAUACACUAACAUAUUAUUGCUUUAUUUUUCCUUUUCGAAAUCUGCAACAGUCGCUCUCAGGUCAAAGUCUGCUGAGGCACUGAACUGACUGAUCGACGUCACUUCACUAGUCAGAGUCGCAGAGAUCUCUUGGAUAUGGCAGAUCCCGAGCCGGCGCCUGGGGACGGUCUCCCAAAAAUUCUGAACUUUAACGUGGGCGUACUGGGACAUGUGGACAGUGGAAAGACGUCUCUGGCUCGAGCUCUGAGCAGCACCGCCUCCACGGCGGCCUUCGACAAGAACCCACAGUCUAAAGAGCGCGGCAUCACCCUGGACCUGGGCUUCAGCGCCUUCACGGUUCCCCUGCCAGAGCACCUGAGACAGAGCUGUAGGGAAUAUGACAGUCUGCAGUUCACACUGGUGGACUGUCCAGGACAUGCCUCCCUCAUUCGCACCAUCAUUGGCGGGGCUCAGAUCAUUGACCUGAUGCUGUUAGUGGUUGAUGUUGUAAAAGGGAUGCAGACGCAAACAGCAGAGUGUCUCCUGAUUGGUCAGCUCACUUGUUCACGUAUGAUCGUCAUCCUCAACAAAACAGACCUUUUGCCUAGUGACAAGAGACAAAGUUCCAUUGAGAAGAUGACUAAGAGGAUGCACAAAACUUUGGAAAACACUAGAUUUAGAAAUUGCCCAGUCAUUGCUGUGGCAGCAAAGCCAGGGGGACCUGAGGCUCCAGACACAGCUGAAGCACAGGGAAUCACUGAGCUCAUAGAGCUGCUAAAAUCACAGGCAUUCCUACCUCAAAGAGACCCAUCUGGCUCUCUGCUAAUGGCAGUAGAUCACUGUUUCUCCAUCCGUGGCCAGGGAACAGUCAUUACAGGCACCAUCCUGCAGGGGGCUCUGCGAGUCAAUGAUACACUAGAGAUACCUGCACUCAAGGUUACCCGGAAGGUGAAGUCUGUCCAGAUGUUCCGUAAGCCAGUUCCUAGUGCCAUGCAAGGAGAUCGGGUCGGAGUGUGUGUCACACAGUUUGACCCAAAGCUGCUAGAGAGAGGGGUGGUGUGUACACCUGAUUCACUGCAUACCAUUCAUGCUGCUAUUAUAUCUGUACGCAAGAUCGAGUACUACCGUAGUGCUCUUAGCAGCCGUGCAAAAUUCCACAUCACCAUCGGACAUGAGACAGUCAUGGCACGUGUGUCAUUCUUCAGCAAGGCUUCUCUAAGCGUUGACUCAGGAGCAGCACCUCACACUGAACAGAGCACAGAGGUGUUCUCAUAUGACUGGGAGUUUUGCCACCAGGAGGAGUAUUUGACUGGUCAAGGAGAAGCCAAGGAGCAGGAUCCAGCACAGUGGUCACUAUUGGAGUUUGAGCGGCCUGUUACGUGUCCGCCGCAUUGUUUGGUGAUUGGCUCACGCCUCGACUCUGAUAUCCACAGUAACACAUGCAGACUUGCUUUCCAUGGAAAGCUGCUGGAAGGCUUCGAGGAUAAAAACUAUGUGAACAGUGCAUUGCCCAGACUCAAAAUCAGUAAAGACAAGCACAAAGAAGGAGCCGUGGAACGGGUGACUGACGACUACACUGUGAUUGGUAAAAACCUGUUUAAGAAAGAGACCAACCUUCAGCUGUUUGUCGGAUUGAAGAUCACACUUUCUUCGGGAGAGACUGGGGUAAUUGAGGGUGGUUUUGGACAGAGUGGCAAAAUAAAAAUUAGAGUUCCAGAGGGCCUAAAAGAAGAAACAAAGCAGCUCCUUUCUUCUUCCUCCAAGAAAAAGGGAAAGGGCGGAGCUAAAAGUGAACCGCCUAAAGAGGAGGAUGCCAAAGUGGACUCUCAGCCUAUAACCAUUCAUCUGAACUUUAAAAGAUAUAUUUAUGAUCCCCACAAAAAGAUGGUGCAGUCUUGAUUUCUUGAGCACUGAUUGUUAUUGUAGAGACUUAAGCACUAGGUAAUUAUCUGGGCAGCCACAUGGGGCGCUGUGCAUAUGAGUGUGGCAGAAGGUGUGUAUGUAAACCUCUGAUUGCCUUUUUUAAUUACUUUAAAAAUUGCUGUAGUUUCCCUGCAAUAAAAUACCCAGAACUGGGGAAAAG